GAUCGCCUCUUGUGUUUUGGUCCGGUCGACCCCGCUCGCGAAGAUGACAGCGAGGAAGUCUGGCUCACGACUGGAGACGGAGAUAGAGCGGUGCCGUUCAGAGGGCCAAUGGGACAAGAUACCGGAGUUAGUGCGACAGCUCUCGGCUAAACUAAUAUCAAACGAUGACCUAGGAGAGCUGCUGCUGGGAGAAUGUAAGCUUCAGACGUACCUGAAGGAGAAUCCCAUCAAACAGGGGGCCAGUCCCAGGGGCUCGCGACCUAAACUGGUGGAGGUCAGGAAACACCUCACUGCUGCUCUGGACAGAGGAAACCUCAAGCCCGACUACCUCCAGGAAGCUAGCCUGCUGAUGGCUAAACUCUGCUAUGUGGAGGGAGAAUACAGAGACGCUUUAGGUCACUACAGCAGGGUGAGCCUGGAUGACAUGCAACUGGUGGGAGCUCCAGUGUAUAGGCUUUCUAUGAUAGCAGAGGCCUAUGCUACUAAAGGACUGUGUCUAGAGAAGGUCCCAGCUGCCUCUCCGUCUCUGUCCAAUAAGAACACUGGGUCUCCAUCGUCCAAUAGGAGCACCACAGAGAGAGAGCAGGAAAUCAUCACCUGUUAUGAAAAGUCUGGAGACAUCGCUCUUCUCUACCUGCAGGAGGCUGAGAAGGCGUUGUCAGCAGGGAUUCAGAACCGCAGCCCAAAACCCGGCCCCACAGCCCAAGACCAGGAGCUGGGCUACUUCCUGGAGACAGGCCUGCAGAGAGCCCACGUCAUCCACUUCAAGAACGGCAACCUGACACAAGGUGUGGGCCGCUUUCGGGAGAUUCUUCGGGCUGUUGAGACCAGAACCACCCAGAACCUGCGCAUGACCAUAGCCAGACAGCUUGCAGAGAUCUUGCUCAGAGGAAUGUGCGAACAGAGUUACUGGUCUCCUCUGGAAGACCCGCCCACAGUGUCGCCAUUGGACGAUCCCACGCGGCAAGGACACACUCACAGCAAGAACUACAGCCUAAGCCGACACCCACGAGUGUACUCAGGGGAGAAUCUGUUUUGCCCUCAGGAGAAUACAGAAGAAGCUUUGCUGCUGCUGCUCAUCAGCGAGUCCAUGGCCAACCGUGACGCUGUCCUGAGCAGGAUUCCUGAACACAAUAACGAUCGUAUCAUCAGCCUACAGUCUGCCUCUGUGGUGUAUGACCUGCUGACUAUAGCUCUGGGCAGGAGGGGGCAGUAUGAGAUGCUGUCAGAGUGUUUGGAGAGAGCCAUGAAGUUCGCCUUUGAGGAGUUCCAUCUGUGGUACCAGCUCGCCUUGUCACUAAUGGCAGCCGGCAAAUCAGCUCGGGCCGUUAAGGUGCUUAAGGAGUGUAUUCGUCUGAAGCCCGACGACCCCACCAUCCCACUGCUGGCUGUCAAACUGUGUAUCGGACCCCUGCACUGGCUCGAUGAGGGCGAGUGCUUUGCAAAGAUGGUGAUUGACAUGGGGGAGAAAGCUGCUGAGUUCAGAGCCAAAGGCUACUUGGCCAUUGGGCUGGUUUACAGUCUUAAAGCCACUGAUGCGUCCUUGCGAAGCACACAGGAGGACUACCAGAGGAAAGCUUUGGGAGCCUUCCAGAGAGCCCAGAGUCUGUCUCCCACUGACCACCUAGCAGCCUUCUACUUGGCACUGCAGCUUGCUGUGUCCAGACAGAUCCCAGAGGCUCUAGGCUAUGUUCGACAGGCGUUGCAGCUUCAAGGGGAUGAUGUCCACUCCCUUCAUCUACUGGCCCUGCUGCUCUCUGCCCAGAAACACUACCACGACGCCCUCAAUAUUAUAGAGAUGGCCCUGUCCGAGUACCCGGAGAACUUCAAUCUGCUGUAUACCAAGGUCAAAUUGGAGUCAAUGUGUAGAGGACCAGAGGAAGCUCUGCUCACCUGUAAACACAUGCUGCAAAUCUGGAAGAGCUUUUACAACCUUACCAACCCCAGUGAUUCAGGGCGUGGCAGCAGUCUGUUGGACAGAGCCAUCGCAGACAGACGACAGCUCAACGCCAUGACGCUGCCUGACUUCAGUGACCCUGAGACCGCCUCAGGUUCUUCCUCUUCUCACUCUGGUUCUGAAACCUUCUCCCCCAUUUCCCCGUCCACCAUUUCCACCCUCUCGUCCCCGCUGUUCUUCCCUUCCUUCCCUUCCUCCCCUUCCUCCCCCGUCUUCAUCCUCCAGCCUCCUCCUCUCCCACCACCCAAAAACCCAUCCUCCCUUCCUCCUCUUCCUCCUCUUCCUUCUCUUCCUUCUCUUCCUCCUCUUCCUCCUGCCCCCACCAAGACCAGGACUCACUCCUUUUGCAACCACGUCACUCUCCGCCAGCUCUCCUCCAACUGUUCGGUGCACGCUACUUCCAUAGCAGCCAGUCGUGUGGAGCAGGCUCUGUCUGAGGUAGCCUCCUCCCUGCAGAGCAGCGCCCCCAAACAUGGACCCCUCCACCCCUGGAUGACCCUGGCUCAGAUCUGGCUGCAUGCAGCUGAGGUCUACAUCAGCAUGUCAAAGCCUGCAGAGGCCUCGGCGUGCACACAGGAAGCUGCCAACCUCUUCCCCACAUCCCAUAAUGUGCUGUACAUGAGGGGGCAGAUAGCUGAGCUGAGGGGCAACAUAGAUGAGGCAAAACGCUGGUACGAGGAGGCUCUGUCCAUCAACCCGACGCAUGUCAAGACCAUGCAGAGACUGGGUCUGAUUCUCCACCAGCUGCAGCGCUACAGUCUGUCUGAAAAAGUCCUGAGGGAUGCUGUGCAGGUGAACAGUACGGCUCAUGAUGUGUGGAAUAGUCUGGGUGAGGUGUUGCAGGCUCAGGGAAACGCUGCAGCUGCCACUGAGUGUUUCCUCACCGCUUUGGAGCUGGAGGCCAGCAGCCCCAUUCUGCCCUUCACCAUCAUACCCAGAGCACUAUGAGACAGACAUAGACACACACACACACUUAUAGCCUCACUACUGUCCCGCAGUGGCACAAAUGAUGGACCUGCAAGCAGCACGCACACCAUACACACACAGCAUGCCUGCAUGUGACUUACACACACCUCCACAAGGUUUUACUGCCAUACCCUCAGCUACACACACACACACACACACAAUAUAGAAAUGCAAAUAAUACACAUAAACAUCCAUACACGCCUCCCCUUUCCCACUCACUCUUCCCACAAUGCCUUGCUGUGGGUGUGACCCUUGACUGUGCGUGUGUGUGUGUGUGUGUGAGCAUAAGUCUGUGUGCUGAUACAUUGCUUGUUUAUGUCAGUCUGCACUUUUUGUGUGCCUGUUUGUGUCUGUGCAUGUACACCCAUGUCUGUGUAUGUGUGCCAACAUGAUGCCUGUGCAUAUUUGUGUCCGGUUGUGUGACUUGUAGUAUGCUGUGUGUGUUUGUCGUUUUGUCCCGUUCAAAGAUGUAAAUAAGAUUCAUUUUGAGUCAUUACUCCGGCAUUGCUAGCAUUCAGAAGCCUAAGAGUUUACAUUUUGUUUACAUGUUAUUAAGUACCAAAACACACACACACAGACACACACAUACACUUUAAUUUUCCUAUUACAUACUGAGGGUAGCAGAUUGGACAAAAAUGGAUCAUAGGCAGGUAAACAGUUUUAUUAGUGUUUCCUUUAUAAGCCAAAUAUCACUGAUAAUCUCAUUCACUCCAACACACACACACACACGUAUGUAUGUUCACCUGUUGCUGUUCAUACGGAGAGAACAGUUACUGUAUGGCUAGCUCAGGACAGCCAGACGUUUGAGAAUCUACUGGAGCAUGGACAGACAUGACAAACAGAUGACUGAAGAAUCAAUCAAUCAAUCAGUAGAGUCUAACUGCCAAAACACAGGCUGCAUUUACACACACACAGGAGAUCAGGUUUUAACAGCAAAUGUUCAAGAAAUGGCUGCCUUUUUAUGUGGUUGUAAACUGAAGCACAUGUAAUGUGUAUAGCCUUUAUAUGUUAAUUGGUUUAACUGUGUUUUGACAUUCUGUGGUUUCACACAUUCUCCUGUUAUGUACAGUAUCAUUCAGAUUUCCCAUGGGAAUCAUUAAAAUUAAAGGAACAGAUACAUUUUUUUGCUUUCUGGCUGAGAGAGUAAGAUGAGAGGAUCGAUACCACUCGUGUGGCUGUACAGUAAAUAUGAAGCUAGAGUAGCUUGUAGUAGUUGUUAGCUUAGCUUAGCAUAGAGACCAGAAACAGGGGGGAACAGCUAUCUUAGCUCAGUCCAAAGGUAACAAAAUGCACCUGUUAGCGUCUCUACAGCUCUCUCAUUAAUACCUUAUAUCUUUUUUGAAUCCGUAUGGAGACCUUUAAAAACAACAACAUACAGAUUGUGAGUCUGUGUUUCGUGUCAUGUUGCUCUUACCUCGUUUUUCCUGUCUGCCUCUUCACUGUUGGCUGUUUGAAAAAGGAAAAAAGUGAAAAAAUAUUUGAACUAUUGAACUUUAGAGAUGCUGUUAGGUGGAUUUUUUAUCUUCACACAAAGCUAUGCUAAACUAACCAGUGCUAGUGUGAUCAUCCCAUUAAGCCCACAGACAUGAGAGUGGUAUCAGUCCUGCUAUCUAACACAGCAGGAGGGCAAAUAAACCUGUUAGCUAUAGCUGUAAAAUAAAUUCCAUUUCCAUAGUAAUAAAUGUUCUCUUUUUAAUGCUUGCAACCUGUUUGGCAAACCUGACUUAGCAUGAGCAGCUGUAGUCACAAUAGCUGAGAACAUAAGAGUAUCACCUACAGAAACUCAGUAAACUUGAUGAUGUUACAGAUAAGUUAACCAGUUAAGUUUCAUAUAAACAAGCUGAAAACUGGAGUGCUAAUAUUUUAGUAUUUUAAUUUGUAAUUAUCGAUAGGAGAAACGGACUACACGUCAGAAAUCACAUUUUCUGUUGUGUGUAAAUGCAACCACAGCGAUUCUGUUGUCUUUGUGCUCUGGCACAGCCAUGUUAGAUACAACCAGAUGAAUAUAGUUUUUUUUUUUUUUUGAUUAUAAAUACAAAGAGUUAUUGUUGUAUAUUUGAUUGUUCCAAGUGUAAUAUUAUUGUUAUUAUUUUAGAAAGUAAAUUAUAAUUCUAUUUUCUGGUCAGUGAUGUUACUGAGAUGCUGUUGGAGGAAUGAGGGGAUGAACUGAUGCAGUUUGUUGGUAUGAGCUCUGUCAGUGAGUCUUCCGUGCUGUAAAUGAAUGACUGAAAUUAGGAUGAUAAUAAUGACAAAGACAAUAAAAGUGGUUAAAAAAAA